CGUAGACGUGCACGAAGACUAGCAGCGGGGGAGAAUCGAUUGCGCCGUGCAUGAGAAGUUCGCAGAGGGAAAGGCAGUAGAUUGCCAUCGGUCGAUAGCUUUCAUGGUGUGCUUGGAAAUUCGUUAUGUGCUUGUGCUCGAGUUCGCGAACGUGUACGACGACAGGGACGCGAUGAGCAGCCAGAGCAUGCCUUUAUCGAAGAACUUCUUCCUGUCAUACGGCGUCGGCUGUAUAUUGGCGCUGGUAUUCGGCGACGGGGGGCACGCCCUCGUUGAAAUGCUGGACCUACAAGUACUACGCAUCCGAAUGCAUACGGCGCACACCGGACGCUGAACCCCGAUGACAUGCCCGACGAUGACCCGUUCAGACCAGACCGGCUUGGAGGCAUGCCUAGCUUCCAGCGGUAUAUUCAGACGGGAAGGUCGACAUCUUUGCAAACGCGAGCGG